UCCGUUUCCUCUGCGAAUGACGCUGACCUGAAAUAAUCAACAUCGUCGUACACAUUUGAACAAAGGUCUUGAUUUUGUACUUUUGCCUGAAGAUGACAGACCGCUACAACAUUCACAGCCAGUUGGAGCAUCUUCAAUCUAAAUACAUUGGAACAGGCCAUGCGGACACCAGCAAGUGGGAAUGGUUGGUGAACCAACAUCGGGACUCGUACUGUUCAUAUAUGGGUCACUUUGACCUGCUGAAUUACUUCUCUGUUGCUGAGAACGAGAGCAAAGCCCGCGUGCGCUUCAAUCUCAUGGAGAAGAUGCUGCAGCCCUGUGGCCCACCUUCGGACAAACCUGACGAUGCUUAGGCUAAGGAGUUCAACUGGCAGGAUGUAGAAAAUGUGGUUUUUACUGUUUGGCUAUCCAUCAUGUUGAUAAGAAGUCAUGUUUGAGAUGCAUGAAAUGGAAGCAAUGUUGACAGACAAUGAAUCAGUUUUCCUUUUCCCCCCCCACCCAUUUUGAUAUUUGCCUUAAUAAUUUGCAUUGGAAAUAAACAUUGAAAUG